AUCUUGUGUUUCCAGUGAAGAAAGAAUAGACAGGUUUGUACUCAGCCUUGAGCAAACACAAAGCAUGUUUGGGUCUUGGGGAAGACUUAACAAUAGUCAAUAGACCAAGUUAUUAUUCAAUUCUGUUUAUUAAUCCCCAUUCUUAUCCCUUCCUCGAUUUAUUCACAACCCGGCUGGAAAUUGUCAUGUAAACACAGGGUGAAAGUUAGCUUGGCUAAGUGGACCAGUACUACAUGACACUACCGUAGGUUUAGUUCCUGUAUUCAUUCAUUCUCAUAGAAAGUAUUGAUGAAGAACCGAUUUUGAUUUCCCUUUCGAUAUAAGUUGAAUUUUAACGCAAUCGAAUACGAUAUUUGAGAAGCAAAGAGCCUAAGUGUUUGCUGUCGACACAGUAUCCAAGUAUUUCAAAAAUUCGUAUCAGCGACAAACACAAUUAUGUGACUAACAAAUUUAAGGACUAUGAUAGAAUUCAUAGUCUAUGAAGUAUGUUUAUCUACAAAACUAAAAAAUCACGAAUUGAGUUCUGUACACCAGAAUUUGGUAUAUACCUGUAUCAGCAUACUUAUGCAUCAGUCAAUUCUAGCAUUGCCCAUCCCCCCGGGCAACCUCCGGGCAUUUGCACUUUUUUCCUUUAAGUGGCAAUGCCCCGCCCCCGGGAAAAAAAAAAUGACAAAUGCCCGGCCCAAGGGCACACUGACUUAUUUAUAGAACGUAUUUUAGACCUCAAAACUUCCAUAACAGUAUUAGCUUCCUUGUAUAAAAGCUACAGCAGUUAUCCCAACUUUUGAACAUGAAAAACGUGCUCGUCGGUUCAGUGGUUAAUAUACAAUAACGUAGCAAAAUAAACAAGGAUUGUGCUAUGGAUUCUGGUGUUUUUAUGCAAGAUAGUCAAACACAACUUUAAUUAGUUUCUCAUGUGCGAUUGGUGUGACGUUUUGUGAACGAAAAUAUCCUUGUUUUUACCCUCGAAUCAUCAAUAUUAAUGAGCUUCGACGCCACUUCCCGGGACAAUUCCCCGCCCCCGGGACAACUUUGCAAGUACCAAUGCCCGGCCGCCGGGAAAAAAAAGGGGGGAUGGGCAAUGCUAGAAUUGACUGAUGCAUUAGUAUUUACUCACUGGACUUGGGUAAGUAGUAUUUACUUACUGCUUUGCCAACGUCACCAUUUAAUGAAAUAUUCUUUUGCAGAACACAGCGUCAUCAUGAUUGCAGAAAUUGCUCUAUCCCUGUUACUCGUCUGGUUGACGUGGAGCGUUGUGACCACCUACACGACGAGAAGUAAAAUGCCUCCAGGUCCAUUUCCCUACCCAUUCGUCGGCAAUUUUCCUCAAAUGCUUUGUGAUUCGGCUGAUCCUUUCAGUAAACUUGCUGAGAAGUAUGGCGAUAUUUACACUCUUUCCUUUCCUACUGGGAAUACCGUGGUCUUAAAUACCGCCUCGCUUGUGCGAGAAGCAAGAUUGGGGAAAAAGGGAGGCGAUUUUGUUGGGAAAUCGCCGGAGUCUGUAUAUCCCUUCAAUGAAAUAUUUGGUGACGAUUUCAUCACAAUUGACUAUUCACCCAAGUUUGUAUUUCGAAGGAAAGCGUUCAUCUCGGCAUUGCACGCUUUUGAAUCUAGUAUGAAGCAAGGAUUAUCCGGAGAUAAUGCUCUUAACAUCCUGCUCGAAGAGAUUGAAUCAAAAGGAAAAAAGCCUUUCUCUCUAGGAGAACUGAUCCAUGGUUCGAUAGUUGCACAACUUUGGAAAAUGAUGACCACAAAGACAGUGUCUGUCAACGAUCCAGUUGUAAAUUCUAUCACCGAGUUUGGGGAAAUAGUUGGAAGACAGGCAUUAAAUGGUACAAUUUAUCAAACGAUCCCAUUUGUAUCGCAUUUGCCAAGCCAGUUCAGUCGAGAUAUCAAGCGAGCAGUGCAAAUAAGGGACACAAUAAUUCCUCCAGAAUUUAGGGCUCACCUUCAGACCUACCAGCCAGAUGUGAUUCGUGAUUUGACCGAUAGCUUAAUCAGUGCAUUCAAGAAAGAGAUACUAAAAGAAAAUGGUCAAGACGUUGGUUCCCUAGAAGAUAUUCCCGCCAUAAUGAUGGAUAUAUUUCAAGCAGGCUCUGGAACAACAUCUUCUGCGCUUACGUGGUUUACCUUGUACAUGGUGCUACAUAAAAAAGUCCAAGAAAAAAUUCAAAAGGAGCUGGAUAUCGUCGUGGGAAAAGAUCGCUUGCCAACCUUGGAUGAUGCAAAGAAUAUGUCGUACUUACAAGCUGCACUUUGUGAAGUUUUAAGGAUAGCAAGUGUUGUGCCAUUGAUCGGAACGAACGCAAUUCGUGACACAACAAUUGCUGGUUAUCAUAUUCCGAAGGGUACGUUAGUUGCUCCGAAUCUGAUGCGAGUGCAUCACGACGAAAGAGAGUGGCCCGAACAUGACGUGUUCAAACCUGAACGGUUUCUCGAUUCUGAAGAAAAGUUUGUCGGCUGGACGAAACUCCACGGAUUCAUGCCGUUCAGUGCUGGGCGUAGAGAAUGCACGGGUCAGUCGUUGGCAAGGAUCAUGAUGAUUACAUUCGCUUCAACGUUGUUGCAUCGCUAUGAGAUUGUUUUGCCGGAUGGUGCAAAGAAGCCGACUACGAAAAUUCUUGCUGCUGCAAUAAUAUUGCGUCCUCAAGAUUUCAAAGUGGUGGUGAAGAAGCGAUUUUGACUCCCAAAUUGUUUAAUGAAUUGAAUUUUAUUUUGCUUUCUCGUUCGGAUUAUCGCGGAAAUCAAAGAUGACGUGAAAAUGGCGAGGCAUAUCCAUAAAUGGGCAUAGAGAUUAUAAAUAACACUAGAGGAAAGCAUCGAGUUUACAAAAUGGGAACGCAGCUAAUGGGAGGCAAAUUCAAGUCCCGGAUAUAAAAUCAUGCUCUCAUUGGCUGAUUUGAAACUCGUUACCAAUGGGAACACGAAUACACAUCCGGAACUUGAAUUUGCCCUCCAAUAGUCGCGUUCCUUUUUUUUACGGAAUUAAGAUCACAGUGCCUCCUCUAGUGUUAUUUAUAAUCUCUAUGUACAUGGGCACAACACGCCAUUUUCACGUCGUCUUUGACGUCCGCGUCUUCGAUCUAAAUCUCAAAUAUCUGUCUAUUAAUUACUGUUGCAACUCGCAUCCAGAGCUCUGUCACGAAGCUGCUGCCGACGUUAAUCCUACCGUCUAUUUCGUCUUGAUGACUAGUGAGCAUUUGAUAUUAAUUAUUAUAAUAUUAAUUAACAAAGGCUUAAUUAACAUCUUCUUAGAACUAUUUAUCAGUUGUUGUUAUUAUGUUUUAUUUCAUCGUGUCUUCGAAAUUUGUA